CGGUAGGUAAAGUUGUUGCGUAGCCUGUACGCAGCCGUCGGUGACGUGCACACACGAACACAGGACUGCCCUGAGAAGUCACACAUAAGCCCAUAUAAGCUUACAAGUCAACGCCGGGGCGAACCUUGGCGGUAAAAAUCUUGUCAGCCAUUGUCAGGCGUCACGUCAAUAUUAUCUGCGUGACAACAGACAGGGCGAUUGCAACAACGGUCAACGGUAAUGUUUGGACGAUAAAUAGGAUUAACGUUACAUUAUGAUUGAUAAGAUAUCGUGUUAAAACCUGUUCAACCGUAUGGACUCGACCCGCAGGUGCAGCAACCUGCAACUUAACCGUUAGCAUACUGAAUAUUGGAUUAUCUAACCUCAAAAAUGACCGGGUACGAAGAGGAUCGUGACGAAAAAGACGAAAAAAUGACAACCAGGAAUGGGGCAACCAAGCUGAGAAAGUUAAGAGAACUGCUGAGGACAGCAACUGUAGGUACAGACAGGAAAGGGAUUGAUGCCUAUAUAGUUGGAUCGGAAGAUUCUCAUCAGUCCGAGUACCUGGCACCAAAAGAUCAGCGCAGAUCAUUUAUCUCUGGAUUUAGUGGUUCGGCUGGAAUGGCAAUUAUAACUCAAGAUCAAGCUCUGCUGUGGACAGAUGGGCGAUAUUUUGCGCAGGCUACAAAAGAAUUGGAUCCACCUGAAGCAUGGACGCUGAUGAAGGAGGGAGUCGCCGGCACUCCUACACAGGGCUCUUGGCUCGCUUCCAAUUUAUCCGCUAACUCAAAUGUCGCUGUUGAUCCAAAUUUGAUAAGUAAUAUGGCGUGGUCAGCCAUAAAUGCCAGCCUUGUCGCAGCUGGACAUAGUUUCCUCGCACUGGAAAAAAAUUUUGUAGAUUUGGUUUGGGGACCAGACAAACCAGGCAUGCCAUCCAAUAAAAUAGUAGCUCAGCCCUUGAAAUAUACCGGAAAAACAGCAGGAGAAAAAGUAGGGCUUUGCCGCAAAGCUAUGAGAGAGGAAAGUGUAACUACACUGGUUGUAACGGCUCUUGAUGAAGUCGCGUAUCUUCUUAAUUGGAGGGGAAGCGACAUUCACUACAAUCCUGUAUUUUUUGCGUACGUAGUUGUUACACUGGAUGAACUGCACAUUUUUGUUGAUGAGUUGAAGCUUACGCAGGAAGCAAGGCAACAGCUUAAAGAUGAGGGCGUGGACCCACAAUAUCAUCCAUAUGACACAAUUGGCACGUAUUUGAAAGAAAGAAGUACUGCUAGUGACGAAAAGACUUGGAUCAGUAACAGCUCCAGCUAUGCGCUGCACAGCAAUUGUGGCUCAGGAGAGAUGCAUAAUAAACUGCAUACCAACAUCACGCCUAUUUGUAUAAUGAAAGCCAUUAAGAACCCUACAGAAAUAGAAGGAAUGAAGAAAGCUCAUCUUAAAGAUGGUGUUGCUCUUGUAAAAUACUUUGCCUGGCUGGAAGAAAUGGUUAAGAGUGGUGAAUCACCAGUUACUGAACUUUCUGGUGCUGCUCAGCUAGAAAAGUUCAGAGCGGAACAAGCAGAUUUCAUUGGACCGAGCUUUUCCACUAUUUCGGCAGUUGGACCACACGGUGCUAUUAUCCAUUACGCACCUAGUCCUGAAACGGACACUCCUAUCAAUGACCGGGAGUUUUAUCUUUGUGAUUCCGGUGGCCAAUACCGCGAUGGGACUACCGAUGUUACUCGAACCGUGCAUUUUGGAUCGCCUACCGCUUUUGAGCGAGAAUGUUUUACACGCGUUUUCAAGGGACAGUGUGCUCUGGCAAGUGCUAUUUUUCCUACAAUGAUCAAGGGCAACUAUCUGGAUAUUUUGGCACGCAAAAGCCUGUGGGAAGUUGGGCUAGACUAUUUGCAUGGCACUGCACAUGGAGUUGGUGCAUAUUUGAACGUUCACGAGGGACCAAUGGGUAUUUCAUGGCGUCCGCAUCCCGAUGACCCUGGUUUACAGGUCGGGAUGUUUCUCUCCAACGAACCAGGAUACUACGAGGAUGAAAAGUUUGGCAUCCGCCUGGAGGAUAUAGAAGUCAUUGUGGAAACAGCUACCCCAUACAAUUUUAAAUCUCGAGGCUUCCUCACCUUUGAGUGUGUCACCUUGGUCCCUAUACAGAGCAAUUUACUAGAUGCUACUCUUCUCACUGAUCAGGAGAGAGGAGAGGGGCACAGAACUUACUUCUGCAAUUAUUAUUCUUAUAGAUUGCCUACUUAAAUUGUUAUCACGCUGAGUGUCUGAAAAAAGUGGGUCCUCUGUUGCAAGGAGAAGCCAACCGGCAAGCCCUGUCUUGGCUACGACGUGCAACGGUACCGAUAACCAGAUAACAAUUGUUUCGUAAAAACGACAAUUCUUACAAUGUCGGCAUAAGAAUGACAUGUAAAUACCAAUUACUUUUGAGCAUUGUAUUAUAUUCCAUUAUCAGAUGUUCAAAACUUAUUUCCAAUCUUACUUUACAAUGUUGAAAAAUACCCAGUCAAUUUUGAAUAAUUGAGCACUAGAUAUACUAUCAAGCUUACCAAAUCCAUCAAUACAAGCCAAAUUCAAAAGAGA